ACGGAUUCAAACUGUGGCACAAUUUCCUUUACAACUUUCUCAAUUCUGUCGCAACUCUUCGAUAUUCCCCUCCUCAAUUCACCAAGAUACCUCGUAAUUAAGCUAAUUGUUAAUUGACAAUGGCGCUCCUUCAAUAUAGGAAUAUAGUCGAUUACGAGACACAACAAGCCGCCUUUCAGAAUUUCCUCGAAAAAUUCAAGACUUCGCCGGAGCAAACGUUGACCCAUGCCAUCGGCCAGAUCAACAUUGACGAAGAUGACUUAAGUGACGAAUACGAUUUUAUGGACCAGGAUGACGAAGAACACGAACGGCGCCGAAGAGAGAAGGCUGCGGCAAAGUCGCCAAAGCACAAAUAUGCUGACAUAUUACAAAAGCUUGCGGAUCGAUCAAUCGAUGAGGUGUUAAUAGAAUUGGAUGACCUUGCCCAAUGGGAAAGUGAUACAAAUGAGGGAUUGAAGCUGGUCGACUCUAUCGAGGCUAACACAAAGCAUUAUGUCGAGAUCUUUUCUAGAGCUAUCGAUAGCAAAUUGCCUACGCCGGCAAACGGCAUCACAUUUAAGGACGACGUUCUAGAUGUGAUAAUGGAAAAGAGACAAGCUCGAAACCGCGAUCUCGCUGAAGCGGCAGCUAACACCAAUAAUCCGGAUCUCCUUGAGUCCACGUUUCCCGCUCAGCUUACAAGGCGGUAUACGCUUGUUUUCAAGCCAAGAACAUCAACCAAUGAAAAGCCGGUGAAAGCCCUCGCUGUACGACAAGUACGAGGAGAGCACUUAGGCCACCUUAUUACUAUCCGUGGUAUCGCGACCAGAGUCUCAGACGUCAAGCCCAUCGUACAAGUUGGCGCAUAUACCUGCGACCGUUGUGGAUGCGAAAUUUUCCAACCUGUCAACGACAAGCAAUAUGCACCUCUCACUAGCUGCCCGUCGCAAGAAUGCAAGGAGAACCAAUCGAAAGGUCAACUUUUCCAGUCUUCUCGCGCAUCUAAGUUCCUACCUUUCCAGGAGGUCAAGGUUCAAGAAUUGGCAGAACAGGUUCCCAUCGGUCAGAUUCCUCGAACCCUUACGGUUAUGUGCUAUGGUAGCGCGGUCCGCCAGAUCAACCCUGGUGAUAUUGUUGAUAUCUCAGGGAUUUUCCUACCUACACCGUACACGGGCUUUCAGGCUAUGCGAGCUGGACUCUUAACUGACACAUACCUCGAAGCACACCACAUUGUCCAACAUAAAAAGGCAUAUGAAGAGAUGAUCAUCGAUGAUAAGUUAUUACGACGUAUUAACUCAGUUAGCCAGUCAGGUACAGUAUACGAGAUGCUGGCGAAGUCUAUUGCCCCUGAAAUUUUCGGCCAUCUUGACGUCAAGAAAGCCCUACUACUACUCCUUGUCGGUGGUGUCACAAAGACCAUGGGCGAUGGAAUGCGAAUUCGUGGCGAUAUCAACAUCUGCUUGAUGGGUGAUCCCGGUGUUGCCAAAUCUCAGUUGCUAAAGUACAUCUCAAAAGUCGCUCCUCGCGGUGUUUAUACAUCCGGUCGUGGGUCAAGUGGUGUUGGUCUCACCGCAGCUGUUAUGCGUGAUCCCGUAACGGAUGAGAUGGUUCUCGAGGGUGGUGCAUUGGUUCUAGCCGACAACGGUAUCUGCUGUAUCGAUGAAUUCGACAAGAUGGACGAAAACGAUCGAACAGCUAUCCACGAAGUGAUGGAACAACAGACUAUCUCUAUUUCUAAAGCCGGUAUCUCAACUACAUUAAAUGCUAGAACUUCGAUUCUAGCAGCUGCUAACCCUAUUUACGGACGCUACAACCCACGCAUAUCGCCCGUCGAGAAUAUCAACCUACCGGCAGCUUUACUCUCUCGUUUCGACGUACUAUUCUUACUACUAGACACACCUACUCGCGAGAGUGAUGCCCAACUAGCUAAGCACGUUGCAUACGUGCAUAUGCACAGCAAGCAUCCUGACCUUUACCCAACUAACAACAGCGCGGACGGCGAUGAUGACGCAGUGCAACAGCCGAACAUUGUCUUUACUCCUCACGAAGUGCGAGCAUACGUAGCACAAGCCCGUACAUAUCGACCCACAGUCCCUGAAACUGUAACGGAGUACUUGACCAAGACAUAUGUACGACUACGAGACGCACAACGCCGCGCGGAAAAGAAGAACAAGCAAUUUAGCCACACAACACCACGAACACUCCUCGGUGUAGUACGUCUUGCGCAGGCACUAGCCCGUCUGCGUUUCGACACCGAAGUCAAGCGCGACGACGUCGACGAGGCCCUCCGCCUCAUCGAAGCUAGCAAGGAGAGCUUGGCGGCGCAUGGAGGUGCCGGUAGAAGGAGAACUCUCAACGCUGCUAGUCGCAUUUACAACUUGGUCAAAGCAUUAGCUGAUAGCGGCGCUUGCAGAGCUGAUGAAGACGAGGAUGAUGCGGGUACGAUUGAGAUGAGCAUGCGUAAAGUCAGGGAACGUGUGCUGGCGAAGGGAUUUACUCAGGAUCAGUGGUUGAAUGCUUUGGAUGAGUACACGCAUCUUGAUGUUUGGCAAACUGCUGGCAAUGGUAGUAGGUUGGUGUUUAUCACGGCGACGGAUGGCGCUGGGGAAGAGGAUGAUGACCAAUAAUUGGUUAUGCCGAUAUAGAAGUAAACAAGGAACGAAGCUUCAUGAUGCGGAGAGAUGAGGAUGAGACCUGAAGAGAUACGUAUGGCGUUAUGGAUUUGGGAUUAAGGGCGAAACUUUUUUUUUUUUUUAAGUCGAGCCGACUAGUUUAUCCAUCCAGACACAUGCUUGAUUUGUGUCGAAAUGAGGAAUAGUCCAUUAAUGAAACCAUGAAUGAGUUUAAACACCAA